UCACUGAGGACAGCUAUUCUGCUGACAGCCAUGCAGCAUAAAGGCAUCAUGUUGAUUGUGUUCUUGGAAUAUGUUAUAUCUGGCCAUGGGGAAGCAGACCCCACCAGGCUCCGAGCCUUCCGCUGCAAUGGCCGUUCCUGCAACCCUCCAGUGGGAAACCUGGCAACAGGGAGGACACCGGUCACCCUCACCACAUGUGGCCAGAACAGCACAGAGCUCUACUGCUUCUACCCAGACCAGAAUCUCCUCCAUCGGGUCACCCACGGCUGUGGGCAGCCUCGCUGCACCAAGUGCAAUGCCAACCAGCCUGAUAACUCCCACCUCCCUGCUGACAUGACGGAUGAUUUCUUUGCAAACCCCAUCUCCUGGUGGCAGUCUGCCCAAGGGGUACACAGGGAAGAAAUUAGACUGGACUUUGAAACAGAAUUCUACCUGACCCAUGUCAUUGCUGUGUUCAAGUCACCUCGCCCAGCUGCGAUGGUGUUGGAAAGAUCCCAGGACUACGGGCAGACUUGGAGGCCCUACAAGUAUUUCUCUGUCAACUGCACAGCGACUUUUGGACUCCAGGAUGAUCUGGUUGAGGAGGGCUCCAUGUGCACGUCCAGGUAUUCAGAUGCAAUGCCCUGCACCAGAGGAGAGGUGAUCUAUCGUGCCUUAAGUCCGGCUAACAAGAUUGAAGACCCCUACAGUCCUGAGGCUCAAGAUCUCCUGAAACUCACCAAUCUCCGCCUCCUUCUGUUGAAAAGACAGGAAUGUCCCUGCCAUGGCUUAGGAUUGGUGGAGAAACCCCAGAGAUUUGCCCACUAUGCUAUUUAUGACCUGAUCAUCCGCGGAAGCUGCUUCUGCAACGGGCAUGCGGAGGAAUGUGAGCUUGCCAACAGGACAGGGGUCAUGGAGAACAUGGUCCAUGGGAAGUGUGUGUGUAGACACAACACUGCAGGAGACCACUGUGAGAAAUGCGCACCACUAUACAACGAUCAGCCUUGGAAGCCAGGAGAUGGGAAAACGGGGGCACCGAAUGAAUGCAGAAAGUGUCGCUGUCACAACCACGCUGACAGCUGCCACUUUGACCUGAGCGUGUGGCUGGCAUCAGGGAAGCGCAGUGGUGGGGUCUGUGACAACUGCAAGCACAACACAGAGGGACAUCGGUGCCAAAGGUGCAAACCGGGGUAUUACCGCGACAGAGGGAAGCCCAUGUCCUCUGCAGAGGUCUGCAAACCCUGUGCUUGCCAGCCCAUGGGUUCAGCCAACGCAACCUUCAACAGGAGCUGGCGAUGCCACCCCAAGACAGGAUUCUGUUACUGCAAACCAGGAGUGGCGGGUCCCAAGUGUGAUAGGUGCCUCAUGGGCUACUGGGGCUUUGGAGAACACGGCUGCCGCCCUUGUGACUGUGCCAGAGACUGCGACCAGCACACCGGGAACUGCUUCGAUGGCUAUGACAAUGAGCCAUUCUUUAACAUCCCCAUUGGCGGCCGAAUCCCUGACCUGGUGCAAACACCGGCCAACGAGAGCGAAGAGGAGUGGAGAUGGAACGACCACGAGCAGGGGUUUUCUGCACUGAGGCACCCAGAAAAGUGUGUUUGUAAAGAAAAGGUGCUUGGAAGUGUCUCUGACUUCUGCCAAAUGAAAUACGCUUAUGUGAUAAAAGCAAGAAUCCUGUCAGCUCAUGACAAAGGGACCCACGCAGAAGUUGUUGUGAAGGUGAAGAAGGUCCUGAAAUCAGGCAAAGUGAAAAUUGCUCGGAGCAACAGAAGCAUUUACCCAGAAUCCUGGACCAACAGGGGAUGCACAUGUCCCAUUCUCAACCCUGGUACUGACUAUCUCAUAGCAGGCCAGGAGGACUCUAGGACCAGCAAACUCCUUGUGAACAUGAACAGCCUGGUGAAACCCUGGAAAGCACAUUUGGGAAAACAAGUAUCAGAUAUUCUCCGAACUGGAUGCAAAUAAUUUCUGCUUCAGGAGUUGCAGAGCUGAACUUUGCCUCUUAGUAACACUGCAGUGAAAGGUGUAGUUAGCUCAUGUGUUUCCAUUCAGGAUGCUCUUAGCUGAGGUGAUGGAAGCAGACUUGCCAUCCUUUCUCCUUUCACACACGUAGGAAACCAGGGAUGUGACUCCUUUUCCCACUAAGGCACAGCCUUACCAUACAACAUUAACUAGUGCAUUGUACAUAGGCUACAAGUCAGUUCUUUAUUUAAGCCUGGCUCAAUACACCUGGAGAAUCGUUGUACAAGGCAAAACUAAAGAUAUGGAUUAGUGUUACCAUACUUCAGGUCAGAGUCUGGUGUUAACGUGUCUAAGCUGCUUACAGAAUGCAUUCAGCACUUGGGUAUAGUUUUCCUUGUAAGUGACCACUUACAAGGCAGCAAUUUCUUUCCGCUUUACCAGUGGCAUGAUACUAAACAGCACAUCAAGUAAUACUUAAAGAGCUCAGAUUGCUGUAACACCACACUACAAUUAUGCCAAUAGAACAGGUUGUUUUCCAAAAGGCAAUAUUAUCCCAUUGCUGAACACGAACACACUAACGCAUGACUUCUCUUGGGACAAAGUCCUUUGUAGAUGUAUACUGCUAUCAUCAAUGCUUAGGGCUGCUGCAGAAACCAAACUUGGCUCAAACUUGAUUCCAAAUCCAACCCUUACUCUCUGAAGUCAUUUUGCUCUUUGCUGUAGUGCUUUAGUUUGUAACACCACAAAGGUUUCACAGUGAUUACCACUGAAAAGCCUUAAUACUAGGAAAGAGCCAAACCACGUGAGGAAAUAGCUGCUCUAAUGUUAGGACUGUGACACUACAGAAGCUGCAAGGCUGAAGAAGAAGGAGGUAACUGGACUGUGUAUCAAACAAGGGAGCUACCAUCUCUGUGAGAGCAUCCUGCCUGUUCAAACUGUGCUCGAGACCACUGGCAUUUGAUUGCACUUAAUGCUUUCAUUCUGCUUUAUAUCAGGUUAAGAUACUGAAGCUUGGCUUCCCAUUGCACCUGAGGAUUAUUUUUCCCUGCACAGGAGUGAUAACAUCUGCACUCUAGGUAAAAAUAGUUCUGUUCUGCAAGAGCAUCCUUUCUAACUCAAGUUUACCCUAUAGUCGCUAAGAGGUAGCUUCUUAAAUCAUUCCCUAACACAAUAUUUUGAGGUAAGUGUAGUUUAAGACCUGCAUUCCCUGUUGAAGGACUCACGAUCAAAUGAAGCUGAUUGGAGCAUGUUCCCUCUUCAAAUAAAGCAGAAACUAUGAGUCAGUCUGAUUUUUGAAGAGGGUUCCAGAGAAGCAGCAUGUACACGGGCUACUUCUGCUAUUCCUGCUCCAUGUCUAUAGUGCUCUCAGGAGAUACCUGCUAUCUUCAUCCAGCACUGUCAGACUGGCAUAUGGAGUACCUAAAGAAAGCUAAUACUAAUGCAGAAUGAUCGCACUCCCAGUUGACAGCAUAGGCCAUCGGUUUGUUCUCUUUAUCACCAGCUGCUUUCCUGCCAUUUGUUGCUGCUUUCAGACUGGUUGAACAGCAGAAACCCCUCAGCUCAUAUGGGAAUGGAUGACAGGCAGAUACUUACAGAAUAAACCCCCUACUUUUCCCCCAGCAGUGCAUAAACAGUGUUUCUGCCUCCCCCUUUCCUCUGACUUCUCCCCUCCUCCAUUGCCAUCGCUUUCCUUCUCUCAUUUCAUUAUUUAUUUGUUGUUACCUCAAGUGGUAUCCAACACUGUGGCAUCUCCAGAAGCCACUUAAUUAAUGCAAUAAACCACUUUUUAACCAAGGAAUUUGGUUUAAUUUGCAAUGUCAGCUUACAGAAGUUAAGAGCGUAGCAACUGCUUCCUUUAAUGUCUCCAGAAAUCAUCUCACCACAAAGACGGAGCAGCUCUCUUUCAAACCUCAAUAAAGAUGUGUACAUGAAUUUACAGUCUGUUCUAAAGGGCCUCCAAGAAUAAAUGAAACUCAAGUGUGGGUUUAGAAUGAAGCUAAGGAACACGCUUUUCAACAGAGGCCAUUCUAC